ACUUUGCUGAGCUCAUUCACUUCAGCCUCUCCAGGGAUGGCUCUAAGCUCUCGAGCUCACGCUUUCUCUGUGGAAGCCUUGGUGGGGAAACCCAGUAAAAGAAAAUCACACGACCCCAGGGAAGAGUUGCCGAGUGAGCUGCAGGAGAAAGAUAGCAGAGAGCAAAAGGAAGCCGGAAGAAACAGCGCUGUAGGGAAGACACAGCAGCCGGAAAAGCAACCCAAGACAGAGUCUUCAACGACUGCUUUCUCAGGCUGUGGUGGAGGCAUCAGCAGCUGCAGCAAUGGCGACAGCCAGAAAAAUUUGGAAGAGGACGAUGUUAUCCAAAUGGAACUUCAGGGAUCUGAGCUGUGGAAGAGAUUCUAUGACAUCGGGACUGAGAUGAUCAUUACCAAGGCCGGCAGGCGAAUGUUCCCUUCUGUACGGGUCAAGGUGCAAGGGCUGGACCCAGGGAAGCAGUACUACGUGGCUAUUGAUGUGGUACCAGUGGAUUCCAAACGAUAUAGAUAUGUGUAUCACAGCUCACAGUGGAUGGUAGCUGGGAAUACGGACCAUUCUUGCAUCACUCCUAGAUUCUACAUCCAUCCGGACUCUCCCUGCUCAGGAGAGACCUGGAUGCAGCAGAUCAUCAGCUUUGAUCGAGUGAAACUCACUAAUAAUGAGAUGGAUGACAAAGGUCAUAUCAUCCUGCAGUCUAUGCAUAAGUACAAGCCUCGUGUGCAUGUGAUGGAGCAAAAUAGCAGGGUUGACUUGUCCCAGAUUCAAUGCCUGCCUGCUGAAGGGGUUAAAACAUUCUCCUUUAAAGAAACUGAAUUCACCACAGUGACAGCUUACCAAAAUCAGCAGAUUACCAAACUGAAAAUAGACAGGAAUCCUUUUGCUAAAGGAUUUAGAGAUCCAGGAAGAAACAAGGGUGUAUUUGAUGGACAUUUAGAGAGCUACACAUGGAGGCCUUCUGUCAUGCUUGAUUUAAAAACUUUUGGUGCAGACUCACAAAGUGGAAGCAGUGGCUCAUCUCCAGUGGCCUCUAGUGAAGGGGCUCCCUCUCCUUUGAACCCCUUAUUUUCUCCACCUUGUUCUCCACCUACAUUUCACUUACCUACAAGCGCCCUUGGAAUGACCUGUCCAGAGACAUACUUGCACAAUAUUAACUUGCCCCUUUGCUACAAGAUUUGCCCAACUAAUUUUUGGCGACAGCAACCUCUUGUCCUACCUGUUUCUGAAAAACUAUCAAGCAGCAACUGUUCUCAAUCUUUAGCCCCCCUCAUGAUGGAAGUGCCUACAUUAUCUUCCUUAGGGGUUACCAGUUCAAAAAUUGCUUCAUCUGAAGACUUCAAUGAGCAGUGUCUUCAAGCAGCUCAUUCUGCCAGUCAAAUGUUAUAUGGAAUACAGGCACCUGGUAAUAUUUUUCUACCAAACCCCAUUACCCGGGAAGCAUUUUGUUGCUCAUUUCGCCCUUCCUAUGGCUUUUAUAGGUACAACUUCUCUAUGCCGUCUAGACUGGUAAAUGCUGCCAACCAUCUCAAAAGAAAUGACAACAGUCAAGUGUCUUUUACACAAGGAAAAUGUAAUCAUACUCAUUGGUAUCCAACAAUCAACCAUUGCCUUUAA